AUGAGGAUAGACACUGGAAGAUGGAGGAGGAGGAGACGUGCGACAGGAAAGACACAGGGGGAGCCAAAACCGGCGGCUAAACCGCCGGCGGCGACUCCUUCUGUUGUGCCGCCCACCGCCGUUCCCCGGAAGAAGACGGAAUUGGAAGAGGCACCGGCCCCGGACGUCCCGACUUCGACCAAAGGUCUGACUAGACCCACUCCACAGGCCAGGACUUCAGCGCCUCCGGUUGUGCCGCCGAUUAUACAGGCGGCACCCGUUGAGGCGCAGGCCCGAAAAGCGGCUGUAGUGAAACGGAAGGCAACCACUCCCCCGAGUGGCCAACCGGACAAGCCAAGCCAACCGUUGCAACCGCCGAAACCCGACGCCCCGCAUACCACACAGUGGACACUACAGGCCGGCAAACUUCACCAGCGGUUUUUCUUUUGA